AUGGUGAUUUGUUCCCAAAAGUUGACCCACAAUGCGCCGCCGAUGUGGCUCCAGAGCUGAAGAUCAAAACCGCUCCAUUGACAGGUCCCAAGCCAGGUCGGGCAGAUGGUGCUGUUGGAGGUGAAACGAUCUGAAAAGAAGAACGAGUUCCUCUAUGAGACGACGGUGAAGGUGAACAACGGAGAACUCUUGAAAGAGCUAUGCGAGCUCCAUAACUUGAGGUUGAAGGUUUUGAGGCUCGCGAUGGCUUGCAAGGAGUUGGCGAAACACGGGCCGCUUCGACCUGAAGAGACGCGGGGCAUCUCGGAGGAUCUGAGCAAAGUCACAGAGCUGGAUGUGAAUGCUUAUGGCCAACCCACCAGACCAGAUGAGUCUGGCUUUCGUACCGGGGUGCCACCACCUCCAGAGGUGGCAGAAGUGCUGUCAAGAACUGCCGAAGAAGCAGCGGCCGCAGUUGCUGGUGAGUUGGUGCAACAAAAACGCAGCAUCGACAAAAAGGCCUGCCAGACGCAAAUUGACAACAUGCGUGGAGCAGUGAUGAUUGCAUAUCCGGCCUUCCAUCGCCUUCCAGUGUAUGAUCCAGCCCGGCAAGAGCUGGAAGAACAAGAAGAGUUGGAUGGCGCGUCAGAGCUGCAAUCUGUGUUGGAACCAGCACAAACCAAUCUCUGGUGGGCUGGUAAAGAGUUGAGGA